ACAGCAUACCUGAGAUUGCAAACUAUGAUAUCAGAAUAAAUAGAAAAGUACUUAUUUCUCCUUUCUUUCAUUUGACUCUCCAUUUUCCCCACGUUAUAAAGCUCCCUAGCUAGUACUUACCUACCCGUUGGUGUUGUCGUCCUGUCUUAAUUCUCAGCAAAUUACUGUUUCCGGGGUUCAUACCCGCGUCAACCCGAGGUCCAGUACUUAAACCUCCCUCCCCUACUUUGAUACCCCUCGACAACACUCUACUUUUAAGUUACACAUAUAUCAGAUCAUCAAUUCAAAAAUACACUCCUCAAUAACCUCAAAAUGUCUCACGGCGGUGAUCAAGGCUCAACAGAGCACAUUAACACAGAUAUUGUUACUCUUACGAGGUUUCUCACAGAAGAACAAGCAAAAGUCAAGGAAGCAACCGGAGAUUUCACGUACGCUAUCUCUGCCAUUUGAAUUCCUAAACCUUCAGAAAACUAACAAGAACCAGACUUCUUUGCCAUGCCCUCCAAUUCUCUUUCAAAUCCAUAGCAUACUACAUCCGUCGCGCCUCGCUCAUCAACUUAACCGGUCUCGCAGGAUCCAGCAACACCACUGGUGAUGACCAAAAGAAACUGGACGUUAUCGGAAAUGAUCUCUUCAUCGCUGCCAUGAAAUCCUCGGGAAAAUGCGCCGUCCUCGUUUCAGAAGAAGAAGAAGAAGCCAUUUUCUUUCCCGAAGCUAAAGGUGCCCGUUAUGCCGUAGCAUGCGACCCUAUCGAUGGUUCCUCUAACCUCGACGCUGGUGUCUCGGUCGGCACAAUCUUCGGUAUUCAUAAACUCGCAGAAGGCUCCACGGGCACCAAAGAAGAUCUCCUCAAGCCUGGUACCGAACUCAUCGCCGCAGGUUUCACCAUGUACGGUGCCUCGGCCCAAUUAGUUAUUACAAUGAAGGGAGGUGGUGUCAAUGGUUUCACAAUGGACAACGCUUUAGGAGAAUUCAUCCUCACACAUCCCGAUAUGAAAUUACCCAAGAGAAGAUCCAUCUACUCAGUCAACGAGGGAAAUUCCCUAUACUGGGAAGAUACCACGAAAAACUACUUCAACUCAUUAAAGUACCCCGAAAACGACGGAGGAAAACCUUAUAGCGCAAGAUAUAUCGGAAGUAUGGUGGCAGAUGCCUAUAGAACAUUAUUGUAUGGAGGUAUUUUUGCAUAUCCCGCGGACAAGAAGAGUCCCAAGGGUAAAUUGAGAAUUUUGUAUGAAUGUGCGCCUAUGGCUAUGGUUUUUGAAAAUGGUAUGUGUUUAUUUCUAUUCUCUUUUUUGACAUCUCCCUACCGAAUGUAUACAGAUAACUAACAGUAUCCCUCACAGCCGGUGGCCAAGCAUUAAACAGUAAGAUGGAAAGAAUGAUGGAUGUAGUACCAGAAGAUAUCCACGAUAGAUCAGGUAUCUUCAUGGGUAGUUGGGAUGAAAUGGAGAAGGUUAAGUUAUUUCAUAAGUGAGGGGUGAAUGUUAGUGAGAGGAACCAGGUUAGGAAUUAGAUAGCGAAUAUCAUUUAUUUCUUGGCCUGAAUAUC